AUGACUUAAAUGACAUUUAACAAAAGGUCUUGCCAGGAGAGCUCAAACGCAGUGUGUAGAUUUGAUAAGAAGUGUGAAGACGAUCUGUCGUUGCUUUUAUCUGAGCAUUUCGCGAGUAGGACUUCGGGAUGUGUAAAUAAUUCUUUGCUUUGAGAUUCAAUUUAAGGAUAAACAGCAACAAUAUAUUGUAUGUGUGUGUAUGUAUGCUACACUACAUACAAAUGCCCAUCUCCAUGGAUGGCAGAAACAACUGGGGGUAUCAAAUCCACUCCUUCCUGUCUCCUCUCUCUCACUCUCUCUCCUCCAACAUUAUAUCUCUCUUCCUCCUACUCAAUCAAUCAUUGCUUCUCCCACCUCUCGAUCUCCGCCUCCCGACACAGCACGGUACCCUCCUUACAGCUUACAUACUCCUGCACCCAACUGGCUCUCCUCCUCUCAUCCAUCACAUCCUCCCGCCUCUCUGCCAUAUCCUCGUCCUCCAUGUAGGCGUAGGUCGGGGAAGAGAAUUGUGUUGUAUUUGGUGCGAGGAGGGACAGAAGGAGGGUCUGCACUGCAAGCAGGAGGACAGGCGGUUUUGGGAUAUGGACGUGCGGGAUGUUGAGGCGGAGAUUGUUGUGGGAGAAGGGGUUUUGCAGGAGCGGGGAGGCAGUGUUUGCGGAGAGGAUGUUGGGGUAUAGUGACAUUGUGUUUUUGGUGGUGAUGGUUGGUGGGUUAUGGUCGUGAUGUCGGAUGUUUCGUGUGUCGUGUGGCUGUUGGAUGGUGGUUAUGGUUGUAAGGCCCCAGGUUUUGGGAGCUUUUGGGUCGAUUGUUUGGGAUUUUUAUGUUGGUAAAUCGAUAUGAUAUUCAAGUUCUGCCGGUGUUCGAGUGGCUUGAAUUCGUGUGGAUAGUAAUGGUAAAUUGUUUGAGGUUUGCUUGCUUAAUGGCUUUUGAUGUAUAGCAUCUAGAUACAAUCUGUGGCUUGCCCACCGCAUAUGUAUACACAUUUCCAAGAUCA